CGUCUUUGAGCUGAGGAGAGGUUUUGAUUACCUACCCCUGAACAACUCUGGUAUUCCUGUUUGGAGAAAUCCAGCAUCCCUUGAGAUCCAAAAGUGUUUCCUGCCUACUGAGAGACUGUUCCCUUUUGCUCUGAAGAUCUGUGCUGGCAAGCCAGUAUAUCUGUCUGUGGUGGAAAGGCCUGAAGCCAUCAUAGGCCUAACCCUGAUAGGGUUGAACACUGCCAUAAAAGGUUCACCCUAAAACUAUUCUGAAGGACUAUAUAGCUUACCAAAAUUUGCCUGGGAAGAUUAACAGCUUCAGAUAGUCAGAGAGGCAGGAAUUUAGCUAAGAACCCUUACUUUUAGGGACACCUAAUUCCUUAAUACUUCCUUCCAUUUUACACUGGUUCAAAAUAAACCCAGUCCUGGUUUGAAAUCUGUCUGAGAGUCUGAGCAGUGUACUGGUCCUGUGAGGAGGCUCAUAGACCCUUUCCCUGUAGGGUACCAACGAGUCAACUAAACCUUGUUAUCACUAGAUGGCAUCUCGGAGCCCGGUCUGACAAAGAAAUAUAUAGAAAUUGUUCCUAAACUACAGGAAGUGGGGCUUUUCCGCUCCGGGGCGCUGCUAUUACAAUCAAUACGGCACCGGAACCAUCCCUCCUCGGGCCCCUCAUUCAGGACAAGGACCAGCCUGUCCGCCUCAGUUUGUUCUUCCCUGAAAUGAGGAGGUCGCGCUCAGGGGCUUCUUGGGACCCUUUUCACCCUCGGUCUGUGUUCUCCUCAGAAAUGCUUCCCUGUUUCUUUCCAUAGCCGCCUCCUAUAUCACAAGAAGGAAGCCGAGGAGGAUCAAAGCUAAAAUACCAGAAAGGAAAGGAAAGUAAAAGGACCCGGCUACAGCCCAGGGAGACUGGGAACACUUGGUGCGUGGCCCCUCCUCCACCAGGGUUCCAAACCUAGAGGUUCAGGAAGUAAGACUCCAUUUCCCAGAAUGCUUCUGGUAUGACGUCCUCCAAGUAAAGGCUCACCCAUCAUGGAAGACUCUAUUUCCCAGAGUGCUUGGGUCCUGACCCAAGUCUCCCCCUGUGCCGUCCCAGGGCAUGCUGGGAGUUUGUUGAGUGCGGUUUUUGCUCUUGGAGUGCUCACAAGUGUCGGUUUUGGUACUUUCUUCUUGAGAGAGAAGGGAGGGAGUCAGUGCAAAAACUGCAGCCGGGGCUUCGGCAUAGGAGGCUUUCUGCUCCCUAACUCCUGGGGAGAGAGAAGAUCCGGGUGGACGAGUUGAGAUAACCUCUCCUAGGAAUCUCCUGUAUUCCACCCUGUGCACCCAAAGCAGAUUCUGAAUGGAAUGAAGCCAGAGAGAGCAGCAGCGGGGGUGGGGAGGCUUCUUCCUGACAAGUCCAAGGUCCUUUUCUAGCCUGAGGCUCCCUGUCCCCUCCUGUAGGGUGCACAAAGUCUUCCCACCCCCUGAAGGACCAUAGUCUGAGCCAAGCAGAGAUGCUAGAGCCAGAGGGAAUGGCCUCCGACCAGAGGCCCCCAUCCCAGGGGUCAAUAACAUUCAAGGAUGUGGCUGUAGACUUCACCCAAGAGGAAUGGUGCCUGUUGGACCAUGCUCAGAAAGAGCUGUACAGGAAGGUGAUGCUGGAGAAUGUGCAGAAUCUACUCUUUGUGGAGGCAGAGACUAAUUUUGAAGUGAAGAUGUCUCCAAAGGUGAGCCUUUUUGUGGAAGAAUCUGACCUUCCAAGAGGCUAUAAGGAUCCCUGUGACUUCCUUUUGAGAGAAAUCUGUGACUCUAAAAUCAAGGUAAAUAAAAAUCCAAAGAGUGACUGUGAAUUUGAUGAAAUUGCAGAGAAAUUCAAUCAACAUUCAAUCCUAAAUCAGUGUGUGAAAUUUUCAUCAGGAAAUGUCUAUUGUGGGGAUAGUGAAUACACCAAAUGCUUUCCUGAAAAAGUAGGAUUUGAUCAGUCACAUGAGAAACCUCCUGAAAUGGUCAUGUAUCAAGGUAACCUAGGAAGAGUCGCCUAUUGUUCAAGCUUAAACCUCAGAAGACAUACAAAAAGUAAACAUGUAGAGAUUCUUUCUGUGAAUAAUGAAAAGGUGAGACCUUUUGGUCAUAACUCUAAGCUUGGUUUAUAUCAAACAGUCCACAAUGGAAAGAAACGUUAUGAAUGUAAACAGUGUGGAAAGGCUUUCACAUGGAGGGGAAAUCUUGCUGAGCAUCAGAGAAUCCACACUAGAGAGAAACCUUAUAAAUGCAGACAAUGUGGAAAGGCUUUCACACGGAGGGACCAUCUUGCUACACAUCAGAGAAUCCACACUGGAGACAAACCUUUUGAAUGUAAACAAUGUGGAAAGAGUUUCAUACAGAGGACUCAUCUUGCUGCACAUCAGAGAAUCCACACUGGAGAGAAACCUUAUGAAUGUAAACAAUGUGGAAAGACUUUCAUACAGAGGAAUCAUCUUGCAGUACAUCAGAAAAUCCACACUGGGGAAAAACCUUAUGAAUGUAAACAAUGUGGAAAGGCUUUCAUAGAGAGGGGCUCUCUUGCUAAGCAUCUGAGAAUCCACUCUGGAGAGAAACCUUAUGAAUGUACACAAUGUGGAAAGGCUUUCACAGAACGGGGCUCUCUUGCUAAGCAUCUGAGAAUCCACUCUGGAGAGAAACCUUAUGAAUGUACACAGUGUGGAAAGGCUUUCACAGAGAGGGGCUCUCUUGCUAAGCAUCAGAGAAUUCACACUGGAGACAAACCUUACGAAUGUAAACAAUGUGGAAAGACUUUCAAAAGGAGGAGCCAUCUUGCUGUACAUCAGAAAAUUCACACUGGAGUGAAAUCUUAUGAAUGUAAACAAUGUGGAAAAGCUUUCACAGUGAGGGGCAAUCUUGGUAAGCAUCAGAGAAUCCACACUGGAGAAAAACCUUAUGAAUGUAAACAAUGUGGAAAGACUUUUACAGACAGGGGCAAUCUUGCUAAGCAUCAGAGAAUCCACACUGGAGAGAAACCUUAUGAAUGUAAACAAUGUGGAAAGGCUUUCACCGUGAGGGGCAAUCUUGCUAAACAUCAGAGAAUCCACACUGGAGAGAAACCUUAUGAAUGUAAACAAUGUGGAAAGGCUUUCACUGUGAGGUGCAAUCUUGCUGUACAUCAGAGAAUCCACACUGGAGAGAAACUUUAGGAGUGUAAUAAAUUCUGAUAGCUUUUCUUUUAAUGCUCCACAGUUUUGCUUUAUGUAAGAAAAACCCUACUGGAGAGAAACCUCAUGAGUCAGGCUGAGCUCAUAGUUGCCACUCUUAGCUUUAACAAAAGAGGAUCCACACUACAGAGAAACUUUAGGAAUAUGAUCAAUGUGGUAAUGCCUUCAGGCAACAAUCAUCUUAUUCCCAAGCAAGAAUUCCUCUUGGAGGGACAUCUGCAUAGCUCAGUGGAUUGAGAGCUAGACCUAGAGGCAGGAGGUCUUAGGUUCAAAUCGGGCAUCAGAUACUUUCCAUCUGUGUGACUCUGGGCAAAUUUACCUCUGUUGCCUAGCCCUUACUACUCUUUUGCCUUGGAACCAAUACAUCCAAGAUGUAAGGUAAGGGUUUAUUAAAAAAAAAAUAAAGAAUUCUUUUUGGAUAGAAAUCUUAUUCCUGUCAUGAAUGAAGAAAGACAUUGAAAUGGAGAGUCCAGAGCUUGUUCAGUAUGAAAAAAUGUCUUCUGGCCAGACCAGUUCCAGAGGGAUUCCCUGUAGGAAGGCUUUCAGCCAGAGAUCAUCUCUUCAUAUCAGGGAAUUCAUAGUGAAACACAAUGAUGGAUAUGCUGAAGUUGAUAUGUUUUUCUGAAGAGGAUAGUGAUCACUAUCAUUUGGAGAAAUGCAAAGGAUAACAAGUCUGAGGGACUAGCCCACAUCUAUUAGACUGGCUAUUAUGAUAGAAAAGGAAAGUGUCAAAAGUUGGAGAUGUGGGAAGAUUGAAAAAGGAAUGAACUUUUGGGGUUGUGAACUAAUUCAGCAUUCUAGAAAGAUCAAUUUGGAACUAUGUCCAAAGGGCAUUAAAAAACCAAAAGGAAAGGACAUAUAUAUUAAAAAUACAAAAUACUUAAAAGUGUUCUUUUGGGGAUGAUGAAUCUGGAAUUAAGAGGAAACAUCAUUUGAGAAAUGCCUGAGCAAAUGGUGGCAUAUAAUUAUAAUGGAAUCCUAUUCUAUCAAUGUGGGUUUUGAAAAGACUACAUGCUGGAACUAUAUUUCCCAUGAUCCCCUCCUUCCCUACUUACUGACAUUGGAUUUGUCUAUGAGUGGACCAAUUCUGUGUUAGGGUGGGACCAUCCCCCCCUCCACUUCCUGGUGUGGGAUUGGUGUAUAAAAGACCAAUCCUGUGCCAGGGAGGGACUUUUCAAUCAGACUUCUUUUGGGGUUUGAAGGAAGGGGGGAGUCAGUUUCAGUCUGAUGGAACUCCACUUUUUCUUUAAUAAAAGAUUUAUUAGAUCAGA